CAAGUACUUGCACACGCACAUGGACUUAACUUGCUCAUUCAUAAGCUCUUAAUAAGGUCCUACCAUCUUGUCAAAUCAUGCCUUUCUAUGAAGUCCACCACUCUUGUCCUUUCACACAGGACCAACGUCAAAGCCUAGCAACCGCAAUUACAAGGCUUCACUGCGAAGCCUUCAAUACACCAGCAUUCCUGGUCCAUGUACGCUUCAUCGCAGAAGACAACACCGACAACACUUACUUCGUCGCUGGAAAGUCACAUCCUCUAUCAUCGAACCGCAUCUCUGGAAACGUUCGCACGUCUGCAGCCCGAUCGAAAGCAGAUUUCGAUGAGCUUGGUGCCAAGAUCGAAGCAGCUUGGUACGAAACGCUCCAAGUCACGUCGCCACCUGAGAAGUCAACUUGGAGCGAGGAAGAUGAGAAGACGAGGUUAAUUAUGGUGAAAUUCGUACCGCUAGUCACGAUUCGAGAGGGAGGAAUGGCUGCGCCUCAGGCCGGCGAGGAAGAAGCCUGGCUUAAAGAGCAGCUACCUCAUAUCGAGAGCAUGGCUGAAAAAGGCGUUGAGGAAUUCAUUGACUUCUGGAAUGAAGCCAAGGGGAACAAGGGUUAAUGAGCGAUAUUUGGUAAGGAUAAGAGGGUGAUUGAAGAGCCGUAUGUUGUGGAAUCCGCGGUGGAUAAAUUAAAACCUAAAUAACAGCAACCUGUUGGUGCAUCAGGCAAAGCAAGAAUUGACAUUGAUAGAUAGCUAUAGCACUAUCUGGGAAUUCUGAGGGGAAUAUUCUAAUAAUAAACCCCUAUUAGUACCUG